AUGGCCGUAUUUCCUACUCCAAGGCCCCUCAACCGCAUCCUCCUGCUCUCUUUGGUGCCCGUAGCAAGUUGGUUCAUUGUCAGGCCGUUGCUCGAGCCAGUACCUCAACUACCUGUCUUGUACACCUCUUUGGGAUUCUCCAUAUUCGCUUUCUUGUUUACGAUCUACCUCGUGCCGUCUCUUGGACCUACUUUCAUCAACGCCAAUUUGACUGGAAAUGAUCUCCUGAAAACAUACUCAACGCUGAUACCGGAAAGCAUGGGGCUGGUCUGCGCGUCGGUUUAUAUCGUGACCUUGACAUUGUUCAUCCCGUUUGCUUUCUCCGACGCGUUGACAACUCCGGUGCAUUCAUCGGCUACUGCGGAAGGAAUCACGGUGUCCGAAUUUCCACAUAGGCAGCUAGCAGUGUAUCUCUCAUCUUUGCUAUCCCUAUUAACGGCGACCUUGCUUGGUUUUCUGGACGAUGUCUUUGAUAUACGCUGGCGCCACAAGCUACCAAUCCCAGUCAUCGCGUCUAUCCCUCUACUUAUGGUGUACUUUGCGGAACGCGGCAACACGAACGUCGUCGUACCCUUACCUCUGCGGUCUCUAUUCGGCACCCUCGUCAACCUUGGGCCGUUGUACUAUUUAUACAUGUCAUUACUCUCAACCUUCUGCACCAAUUCGAUCAACAUACUCGCCGGAAUUAAUGGAUCCGAGGUAUCUCAAGCCCUCAUAAUCGCCGUUUCAGUGAUUUUGAACGACCUUCUAUACCUCCCAUGGCCCAUAGGAGUGCGCGUCCCAGUCCACCUUCUUGGCAACAACACCGAAAUAGGGUUCGGAGGCGUUUGGAAGGCGGGAAUGGCCUUUGGUAGCAAGGAGCUGGUUGAACGUCAUUUGUUCAGCCUCUACUUCAUGCUUCCUCUUGUCGCGGUAUGCGCAGGCUUCAUGUACCAUAAUUGGUAUCCAGCUAGAGCGUUUCCUGGAGACACCCUCUGCUAUAUGACAGGGAUGGCCUUCGCUGUGGUCGGAAUUCAAGCACACUUCUCAAAAACACUGCUUCUCUUCUUCAUGCCGCAGAUAUUUAAUUUUAUCUUGUCGUGUCCUCAACUGUUCGGCCUCGUACCUUGUCCACGUCACCGAGUCCCUAGGUUCGACCCCGCGACAAAUCUCCUCCAUCCUUCCAAGGCUGUUUUUGAGCGGCCUCCGUCGCGAUUAACAACAUUCAUCCUUCAAAUUUUUUCCGUGCUAGGGCUCACCGUUGCGACCCCACACCCCAAGACAGGGCUAAUACAUGAGACGACAAAUUUGACCAUUCUGAAUUUUCUGCUUGUCAGACUGGGGCCGAUGUCAGAAAAGAGGCUUGUCCAAGUGUUGAUGUGUGUACAGGUCGCAGGCAGUGUACUAGCCUUCUUCAUUAGGUACGGGCUUGCUGGUCUGGUGUACGAUGGCGACCGUAGAUAG